CAGCUCUUCGGCGAUAGUGGAGAAGAAACUUCUGGCCAAGUACCAGUUGGCGUAGAAGAUGUUGCACACAAUGCUGCUUCAUCUUCAUCAUCUUCUAGUUGUGCUGUUUUGGAAAAUGGUACUAAUGGCACUCGAGUUCUUGUCGAAGCUGAUUCCGGCUCAAGCAGAGCGUUGAUUUCUUUCGGAGGAGGAACGUCGGCUCUUAUGCGUGCUAUGGCUAAGCUUAGGAUUUGCGUGUGCGCCGAAGCCAUGUCGGUCCGCGAUGAGGUCCACGGGGCGCGAGUUCUACGCGAUUCGCUUGUGACCACGGCAGUUUGUGUUGGCGCCCUCAGUCUCACUCUGCGCACCGACGACGGAGUGAGGAAGCAAGAUGCGGUGCAAAUGAAAGAGCCUUUUGCCGUUCCAGCACAGCAGCAAACGCGAUUAGCAGCGGCGGCUGACCCGUUGACUCUGCGACGCUUUUGUGCUGCGUUUGGGCUGCCGCAUGAACCUCCGGUAAUUGUCGCGGACAGGGAGAACGUCCUAGCAUUCUGGACCGCACUGCAAGCAAGAAAAGACUUCCUCACGGAGAGCAAGUACAAGGAGUUUUUGGAGGACAACGUGGAGUUAUUGCAGGAGGAGGAGGAAUUUUCAUUUCCAUCCGGGGGCACGACCAGCACAAGAUCACAGGGACUCGAGCUCACAAAUACGAUGACUAGUUGUACGUCCACCUCAGGGUCGUCAGCGUCCUCAGGGUCGUCAGCAAUACUCCUAAGCACAUAUGCAGCAUCCAAGGGAGCAAACGGAAAAUCACUUUCACGGGAGUCAAGGUAUAUUGAGGAGGUCUUCGCUGCUGCAAUCAAAAUCGGGGAAGAUGAGCAUUCCAAGUGUCAUCCUUCUGCGAAGGAACGCACCGGUUCUUCUACAACCUCUACCUUUAGAAGGAGUCAUGUUGAUCACUCGGAAAUCCUAGGCGACGUGCUUGAAGGUCUGGUUGUGCACUUCUAUGAUAAAGACGGUGGCAAACUUGUCACGCGAAAGCAGAAGUUCCCGAACUACGUUAGCCGCAUUGCGCUGCGCGAGUGGCUGAAAUCGAAGGGGACACUCGUUUGUGGUUCUGUAGAACGUAAAAUUUCCAGUUUCGUGGAUAAGUGGUGCAUCACGUCAGACGGCGGCGCCUGGUGGCGUCGGUGGUUUCUCAGGGCAGCGCUAGCGUGGGAAAUGCUUGGGCCUUCGGGUUUUCAGGUUCGGAAGGCUAAUGAGGGUGGUAAAACCGUUGCUCUCGAAAGCGGGGAGAAUGACAGCGGAAGGGACCAGAAAGCUAAUAAAACCGUAGUUGCUCUCGGAAACAGAAGGGAUCAUAGAGGAAAACACCCCGAGGCAGGCGGGUGGCACAUUGCGCUUGCGGACUUUACGACACGGGUAUUUGCCAGUGAUCUGGGUGGUUUGGAAGAUGAUGCUGUGGCGUUGGAAGAUACUGAAGUAGAUCCCGUUGGAGCAGACACCGCAGACGCUCUCGCGGUACUGAGUCGCUACUGCAAUGCGACGAGCGGCGCCUGCACUAUAGUCCCGCGUAGCGGUCGCCACGCGUACAAAAGCAGCAAAGAUCUUGCUGGUCUGAUCUCGCAUUUGAGGGGGUCUGCUAUUUUUACUUCUUCUUCUGGAGGAAGCGUCGACGUCGUAAAUGAGGGCAAGCAAGAUGAUACAAACAGCAGUAUGGAAGUUGUUGCUGACUCAAGUUUGACAACGUCUACUGCAGGUAGUCUACAGGGCGAGUCCGAUUUGUUUCGGCAUGUCCUGAAGGACAAGAUUCGUGCAACAGUCGUCGUGGUGCUUGGGCCAGUAGGCUACGGGAAGUCGACGCUUGGGAGUGCACUGGCGAAACGUUUCCCAGAGGUUUUCGAACACAUCGAUGGCGACGAGCUAGGUCUGAUUGACGGCGGAAACUUGACGGUGACAGAUGUGUCCACGAAGUUGAAGGGAGAGCGGCAGGAGCUGACUUUCUUUCGUGUUUUUGAGGCGCUUUACGUGCGAAAAAAAGUUCCCGUGCUUUCGGUUGGUGGCGGGGUGCUUUUCGGUAGCGACUCGGCCGCUGGAGGAGGUGAUCAAGGAGUCAUUGGCGGAGGCCAAGAUCUGCGAUUGCGUUCGUGGCUUCGUAGUUGCUUAGGCGGCGCAGAGGUCGAAAUCGUUGCGUUUUUACCGGGUCCCAAGCUAGAGCGGGAAUAUGCGCAGAAGCACUUGGUGGAAGCGUGUGUGCACGAGCGGUUGGAGCGUAGGUUUUGGGCUGUGUCGGGUGGCGGCGGCCCAGACGCACGAAGCAAAUUUGUCCGAAUGAUCACUGAUCUAUCUGCGAAAAACGUGCGCUUUGCGCAGAUGCUACGCAAAGAAGCAGAAGCGGUUGUCUACUACCGUCGAGUACAGUUUAACAAGCGAGAAGGCUCUACUUUAGAUGGAAAAAAGGAGAAGAACAGUAAACAGGAUACAACUUCUGUCCAAGGUAAUAACAGCGAAUCAGCAGGAGGACCUAACAACGAAACAGAACAACAACCUAUUAUCGAUUUGCUCUUUGACGAGCAGUCAUCUUCUAGGGCAAGUACAGGACAAGAACGACCUCAGGUUCUGUCUAAGAGCGAGUCUGUGUCACGUAGUGCAGAGUCCCUCCCGGAGAAAGAGGUCAGCAACAAGGAUCAAAGGGCGCACGCGAACGGGGGAAAUAAAAGUCAGCGAGGCCGCGGGGGGGACCGCACUGCUGCUGCGUCGUGGUGUCGUUUGGAAGAGUUUUUCAUCACUCACACCAAGAAGAGUGGCGAUGUGAAGAUGCUCUCUCGAAAUCACGAUCAAACUGAAACAUCACCAUCCUUCUCGUUGAUAAAACUUCCAGAUCUCUCUGAAGAUCUUGUUCCUUCUUUCCAUCAGACCAGGGCUUUGGCGAUUGCACCUGAGGUGAUGAACCGCUUUGGGCACAUCACAUUGGCUUACGGAAGUCAGGCAUUUUUUCAACCCUCUGAGGCUCAACUACAUCAAUGUCCUCAACACUUGGAUCAACAGGGCAACAAGGCUCCUCGCGCUUUCAAACUGAACACGUGUUUGCACGUCAGCUUUCCGAAACAGAUGGGGGUACGGUUUAUCCUCGUCUUCGUGCCCAAUGGAGAUCGAAAUCAUCGUGGGAAAAGGGUAAACACGAACCAUGAUGUUGCGCAGUCUUCUUCUUCCUUGAGGCUUUUGGGACAUAUAACUGUCGACGCGGGACCCCACACCGCUGGGCAGGUUGCUGGUCUUUGUACGCAGUUGCUCGAUAUCGAGACAUUUCGAAAGCGCGUCGAGGCCAAACUGGGUGCCAAAAUAGCAGUUGAGGAGAGGAGCAAGAAUAACAGAAAAAAGUCAACACAUCAACGACCUCCGAAGGAAGUAAAGAAGAAAGCAGCUUCUACAUCUUCUUCUCCGACUACAGAUCAGCAUAGACUUGAUAUUGAUGAAGUUGAUGAAGAUCAACAUGUUCUUUCCUCGCAGAUGUCGAGCGAGAAGAACAAGAGUGACAACAUCGAAAUGGAACAAGAAGAGAGUUUCUUCUACAGGGAAGAUAGUGUACGCGUGCAGAUGCCGAUGUUGAGGCAUAGCGAUUUCCAACAGGACAGCGCGAUGGCUACGGAGUGGUACCACGCAACGGAAGCGUUGCUACAACAAACUGACGUGCACAUACACACGAUUUUCUCUGUGGCAGAUUCUAAAUCUGCCGUGGCAGACAUAGAAAAUGAAAAUGUUGCUCUUGAGCGGUCAGCACAAGAACGGAUAGAAUUAGUGUGGAGUCGACUUCUGUCUCUGCGAGAGCGAGAUGACGAACUAGUAAAGGAAGAAAUUAUGGACCACGAUGCUAGUGCUAGACCACCCCCGAAGCGUCAGAAAACCUCUUCGUGAAGACCAAAUGCGUCGCUCCUUCCAGUCGCUCCUUCCAACCCGAGUCCUCCAUUCCAACAAGUCUUGAGUUUUAUGGCUUCCUCACCACUACGAUAAAUGAUGGCCAUAUAAUCUGAUAAUCGGCGUGCUGGCGCUCC